AACCUAGCUCUUUGCCUCCUGCCUGGGCUCUCCCGGGCAGGUCACUGACUGCUGGCGGCCACCAGCCUGUCCAUCAGGUGCUUACGCUGUUCACUCAGCCUCAGGGCCCACUGGGGCUCCUUGGAGGAGCUGCGGCUCGGUGGGGAAGGCGUGCAGUCAGGACUUCUUCCAGUUCUAUUGGACCCUGAGCCCAAGAUGCACCAUCGUCCAAGGGUCUUGGAGGCCACGGGGGGGCGGGCGUUGUGCAGGGUGCCUUGGACAGGGUCAGAUUAAGGAUGUAGGAAAGCUGACGCUGCAGUGAGGAUGCUCUGCCCCUGGAGGGUGAGGGCAGGGACAGGGACCACAGGGGACCCUGCCCGAUUGCUAUGAGCAGCGCCAUCAGCCACCAGUGCUGGGCCCUGAGUUCCAGGUCAGUCCGGGAUGGUGGUGCAGGGGGGUCUGUUGUGACUCCAGGAGAUGUCGGCUCUCCACCACCUGGGCUCAGAGCUGGGAGCCUCGCUGAGGCCUCCUGUUCGCUCCCUUAUCUAGAAGAGGGGGCUUAAGGUCCAUGUGAUACCCCAGCCUCCUUGUAACUGCUCACCAUUUGGGGGCUACACCUGGGAGGUGGGCAGGGAGGGGGCCAGAGAGCCCUGUUCAAGGGCCCGUUAUUGGUGAGAGUUUCCACAGGAGCCCCACCCAUCACCCUGGCAGGUCAGAGGUCAGAGAUACAUCGGGGCUGCUCACUGGGGCCCGGGGAGCUACGUGGAGACACCCGCCCCCCGCCCUGUCUCCUGGGUGUUGGGACCAUAGGGAGUGUCCGGGAAGCAGGCCAUACUGCCCAGCUCCUCAGGUGUGUGCAGGACGGCCCUGACUGGGGGUCCGCUGGCCAGGACCCCCACAUAUCACCGUGGCCCCCAGCCCUUCUGCCACCUCCCCGCUCACCCAGGCCUGGCCUUGGGAAGGGAAGGACGGUGCCGGUGCCGGUGCCCGGGUGGGCUGGGGCGGGCCCUAGAGGAAGGAGCUGCUUGACUCAGAGUUACAGGAAGAGUGGGGCAGGCGGGGCUGGCGGGGAGAACCACCAACUGCCCGCCCGCCCGCCAGCCCGCUGGGGAGGAGGGUGGGUGCCUGGGUGGGGUUUAGGUUGAGGAGAGGAUGUGACUGCAAAGCCAGGAAGCUACGGGGAAAGUUCUUAUUAAAACGCACAAACAAAAGCCAGGUCCUCGCCGUGCUUGGCGAUGCGUCUGGGGCAGCCGUGGUGAUUUGGACUGGGCCGGGGGCCCAGCCGAGCAAACAGUUUGCUUCCAAGCACACGUGAAUGACCUCAGUGACGGACAUCCCCUCCUCAGGAGGAAAGAGCUGGAACCAGGUGACUUCGUGUUCUCGCUGCUCAGCGUGAGCCUGUGUUCUCGUCCUUGGAUGCCUUUUCCGGCCUGAGCCCUCUCCUCGAAAUCAGGCCUGGCUGAGGGGAGGCCCGCAAAGCACGUGGCUUGCGUGUGCACGUGUGUGCGUGGUGCGUGUGUGCCAGUGAGAGAGCAAGGGGUGAUGGGAGGCUGAGGGUGGGUGUGAGGUGCAGUGUGUGUGGUGUGGGGUGUGCCAGGUGUGUGGACUGCCAGAGUGUCGGAGGUGUGGGGAGUGUGCACGUGCAGGCAUGUGUGGGGCGUGCAGGGGGCGGUCGUACAACACAGAGACGAUACAGAGGACGGGGAGGGUUGCAGCGGAGGGUGUGCAGGGGGACACCUGUCGCCUGGCCAUGUGGUUUGGCCUGAAUUUCCAGGAGGGUCCGAGGUUGCCUUUCCAGGGGUAGGAGGUCUUCUGAGGUUACAGAGGCCAAGGGGCCACUGUAGGAGUUGCCCUGGGACCCGCUGGGCUGGGGGAGGGGGCGUGAGCCGCCCAGCCUCCCAUAGCCCUCAGUGGGCUUGUCCUCCUGCUUCAAGGGCCUUCCCAGGACUGCCCUCCACUCCAAAGGACUUCUGGAAGGACCCUCCGCACCAGCCCCCCGGGAACGAGCCUGCCGCUCCACCGAUUUCUGAGGAAAUUCCAGCCCAGCCAAACCAGGGGCUUCCAGCUGAUCACGGGGCCACAUCGGGUCACCCGUGCCGAAGGAAUGGGGGGCAGGCUAAGACUCGUCCCUGCAAAGCCUCAGGGGCCCUACGGGUGGGGGGAGGGCCUGAAGGAGCCGGGGCCCUGGUGUGUCCACUUAGCAGGGAGCAGGGGGAGGACUAGGUGCCCAGUAAAUACCCGCUGGGCACCAGGGAGGAGGUGCCCAGGGCCCGGCUGCCAAGGAGUCUUCCUCAAAGGCUCUGCCACUGGGGCUUCGUGCCCCGCCGUUCAGCCCAGGUCACUGGAGAGCUUUUUGGGUCAAGAGGCGUGUGGCUGCUGCCAGUCUGGCCGGGAGUGGUCCCAGACCCCGCGGAGGAGAGAAAGGUCACCGUGGGCGGGUGGGGGCUUCCCUUGGACAACUAUACGGACAGUGUGGACAAAAGUGUCUGGGUCUGAAGAUGACAAAUGGGUGGAGGUGCCAGCACAGGACCCAGAAGGAGGGCUGCCCCGUGAGACCAGCCUGACCCCCCGCUCACCCCUCCUGCCUCGACACCUCGGCCCAGUGCAGCCUCAAGUGCAGGGUUCACGCGUGCGUGGUGCACCCAGGACGGCGUCCAGAACAAAACCCCAUGGCUGGGAGCGAGGCUCAGUCAGGCAGCCCAGCACUCGAGAACCCCGAGCCCCCCGGAGCCUCGGUACAGGCUGAGUGCGGCUGUACUGCAGCCCCCCUGCCUGUGGGUGGCAGCCCUGUCCCAGGGGACCUGGGAACGAGGCCAACUCCUGGGCUCACGAGGUGUGCCGGGAGUGCUGUCCCACCCUGGGCUGUCACCGCGUCCCUGGGGCAGAUGACGUGCAGUCUAGGCUGUGCCUGGUGCUCUGGGGCCUCCACGCGGCAGCUGGGGCAGAGGCAGUGCUUCAGUGGCCAGAGUUACACGUUAACUUAUCCUGUUCUUGUUUAACUUGCUUCCGGGGAUGGCGGCAGCCUCUGACCCAUCCUGGUGCCCUGACUGACUGGCCACAAGGACAGAGAGUGAAUCCUGCCCAGCCCUUGAGGGAUCAGUCUGCUCGGCCAAGGAGCCCCGGGGAGCCGUGGGUGGCACCAGUGUCCAGCCUGCCUUGAGGCCCCGGCCAGACCAUGGCAGGAGCCUGCGACAGGGCCCCUGACUUCCUCUCCCCAUCUGGAAACCAGGUCCUGUGGCCUGCCCUGGGCAGUGUGGUCACUCUGAACUGCACGGCCUCAGUGGUCUCUGGGCCCCACUGCCCCUUGCCCUCGGUCCAGUGGCUGAGAGAUGGGCUGCUGCUGGGCAAUGGAAGCCACUAUGACCUCCAUGAGGACUCCUGGGUCAAGGCCAACUGGUCAGAGGUGCUUGUGUCCAGUGUCCUGGGGAUCAACCUGACCAGUACUGAAGACUUCAGGACCUUCACCUGCUCCGUCCAGAACAUCAGCUCCUCUUCCUUCACUCUUUGGAGAGCUGUCAGUGGCUCUGUCCCCAGGCCUGGCUGGACACGUGGCCGCGGUGCUGGCCUCACUUCUGGUCCUGCUGGUCCUGCUGCUGGCAGCGCUGCUAUACGCGAAGUGUCGACUCAAUGUACUGCUCUGGUACCAAGACACGUAUGGGGAGGUGGAGAUGAACGCGACAGCCCCGAGGACCGGAAGUUCGUGAACUUCAUCCUGAAGCCGCAGCUGGAGCGGCGUCGGGGUUACAAGCUCUUUCUGGACGACCGCGACCUCCUGCCUCGCGCGGAGCCGUCGGCCGACCUCCUGGUGAACCUGAGCCGCUGCCGGCGCCUCGUCGUGGUGUUGUCCGACGCCUUCCUCGGCCGGGCCUGGUGCAGUCACAGCUUCCGGGAGGGCCUGUGCCGGCUGCUGGAGCUCACGCGCAGACCCAUCUUCAUCACUUUCGAGGGCCAGCGGCGCGACCCCGCACACCCUGCGCUCCGCCUGCUGCGCCAGCAUCGCCACCUGGUGACCCUGCUGCUCUGGAGGCCCGGUUCCGUGACACCUUCCUCCGAUUUUUGGAAAGAGCUACAGUUGGCAUUGCCACGGAAGGUGCAGUACAGAGCGAUGGAGGGAGACCCCCAGACCCGGCUGCAGGAUGACAAGGACCCCAUGCUGAUUGUGCGAGGCCGGGUCCCAGAGGGUCGGACCCUGGACCCGGAGCUGGACCCUGACCCUGAGGGGGACUUGGGUGUACGAGGGCCUGUCUUUGGGGAGCCAGCAGCUCCACCGCAUGCAAGUGGGGUCUCGCUUGGAGAGGGCCAAGGCAGUGAAGUGGAUGUGUCGGACCUUGGCUCGCGAAACUACAGUGCCCGCACGGACUUCUACUGCCUGGUGUCGGAGGAUGACGUGUAGCCCCUGCCCCGUGGAGCAGCAGGUUCACCAGGGACAGCUGGGGCAGGGCUGGGGUGGGUUUUUUUCCCACUCAGCAGGACCACGAGCCCUGUCUACCUGCAGCCUUGGGACCUCGGGGAAGGAGAGUGGGCCCAGCGACCCUCCUCGUGCCAGAAAUAAAGUCCUUUGGAAUCCC